UAUUUUCUUCCGUUGUCUUUUUCAUCACUCUCACACUUCCACCCACAACCUUCCCAACACAUUUUCCUCCUUUCCAAACGCCAUCCACCACCCGGUGUCUUUGGAUUUCACAAUAUUUGUCUUUCUCUUUACCAUUUUUCCCUUUCCUCCUCCCUCCUCCCUCCUCUUUUUCCUACAUUUGAUCUGAAUUUCAAAAUUACUCUCUCAUAUUCGGAGGAUUUUUUUCAUUUCUCUUUACCAAUUUUCUAGUUCUGUAAACUUUUUUUUCUUUUUUUUGUUUUUUUAAAGUAAUCAGUUUUGAAUGCUAUACUAUUUUCUUUCUUUAAUGGAAACAGUAGAUUCAAAUUUGGUUUUGUUAUCGAGAUUUUUCCCAAUCUCUAGCUUCGCUUCCAAUUUUACGCUACAGAAGUUGGUAUAGAGCUCCUAUUUAGAUGAUUGUGUUUUCUGCUGCUUUGUUAGGUGUUUGGUGUUCGUUUUCAGGUUAGGGUUUGUGUUAUAUUGCUAAUCCUAGAGCAAAAAUGCCACCGGAGGGCACGGCGGUCUCCGGCACUAACGAUGGGGUCCAGGUCCAGUAUUCGUUUGCUAUGGAGUACAAUGGCCCUCCAGUGGCCUACGAUCUUCCUCGGGCCGUCCCCAUCAACGUCGAGCGAAUUCCGGUCGCCGCAGUGGUCGCUCAGGUCCCGUUAACCAAUAGAUUGUCGUUGCCGGUGGUCCAACCGGUAUUAGCUCCGGCUUCUCUGAGCAAAUCAUUCUCCAAAGAGCUAAAACCGCUCGGUUGUCCUAAAUCUACUGUUUCUCCAACUUCCGUGAUCGCCUUCGAUCGGACUCACGGCGAUGCCGGAGAUUGCGAAUCUUCGAAAGAAUUAGAAAUAGAUUUAGGCUCCGGAACCUCAGUUUCCCCGACAUCCGUGAUUGCUUUCGAAGAGAGAGCUUCGGAGAAUCGCAGUGUCGGUUGCUUGUUGUCCGGCGAGCUGAGCAGCUCGGGUUUGUUAGAGUUUUCGAAUGGGCAUUUCGGGUCAGGCGAGCUAUCGGACGUGGCUAACAGCUCGAGGGUAUUAGGGUCAUCUUCGAUCAGCCACGACCACUCCCAGGAGUUGUUAGUUGGAGCUGGGAGCUCCGGCACAAUAGAGUUUUCCGACAGUUUUGAUAAAUCACGUGGGAGUUCAAGUGCGUUGAGGGCUUCGACUGGCGGGAAAGACAGUUUAGACUUCAACGAACUGAACCAACUACCUGAUUGGGCUUCAACUGAAUCGGUUACGAGCUUGGACUACCCGUCGUCCCGAGUCUCUUCUGUAAAAGCCAUCCACUGCAACAAUGCACCCCGCUCUGACGUAAAACGUCAGCAAGUAGUGAAGUUUCGUGAUAUGGAGCCUGAUGAUGCUAUUGGUGCAGGAAGAGAUGAGCCCGAAAGUACCCACCAUGCCAAGAGAGAAGCUCAACUGAAGGGAAAGAAAGGUUCUUGUUAUCGAUGCUUUAAGGGCAACCGAUUCACCGAGAAGGAGAUUUGCAUUGUUUGCGAUGCUAAGUAUUGCAGUGGCUGUGUUCUUCGGGCUAUGGGGUCGAUGCCUGAAGGUCGGAAAUGCGUUUCUUGCAUAGGGAAUGCCAUUGAUGAAUCCAAACGCGGGAAUUUGGGGAAGUGCUCUCGGAUGCUUAAGCGGCUUUUGAAUGAAUUGGAGGUUCAGCAGAUAAUGAAAGCCGAGAAGUUUUGUGAAGCAAAUCAGUUGCCGUCCCAAUAUAUAUCUGUGAAUGGAGAACCUCUUAGUCAUGAGGAACUUCUUGUGCUGCAAACUUGCCCUAACCCACCCAAGAAGUUAAAACCAGGAAACUACUGGUAUGAUAAAGUAUCUGGUCUUUGGGGAAAGGAAGGUCAGAAGCCUUCGAAGGUAAUUAGUCCCCAUCUCAAUGUUGGUGGUCCAAUCAGCGCAGAUGCUAGCAAUGGUAACACCCAAGUUUUCAUAAAUGGUCGGGAAAUUACGAAGGUGGAGCUUCGGAUGUUGCAGUUGGCUGGUGUUCAAUGUGCUGGUAAUCCACACUUUUGGGUGAAUGAGGAUGGAUCAUACCAAGAAGAGGGACAAAAGAAUACUAAAGGGUUUAUCUGGGGAAAGGCUGGAACAAAACUUGUCUGUGCUGUCUUAUCGCUGCCAGUCCCUUCUAAAGUGUCAAGUUCUUCUGAAGAACCAAUGAGCAAUCUGGUUAGCAGAGCUGUUCCUGACUACCUUGAGCAUAGAACGCUUCAGAAGAUUCUUUUAGUGGGAUGUAAUGGAUCUGGAACAAGUACUAUAUUCAAGCAGGCUAAGAUUCUAUAUAAAGAUAUUCCUUUUCCUGAGGAUGAGCGAGAAACCAUCAAGCAGACCAUCCAAAGCAAUGUUUAUGGCUAUCUUGGUAUACUUCUUGAGGGCCGUGAGCGUUUUGAAGAUGAAAUUUUGGCUGAGACAAAGAAGCAACAAUCUUCUUCUGGAAUGGAUUCCAUUGGAAACCCUGGUGAUGAUGAUGCCAAAAACCUGUAUUCCAUUGGCCCAAGGCUGAAAUCAUUCUCUGAUUGGCUUCUCAAGACUAUGGUCUCAGGCAAUCUGGAAGCCAUUUUUCCAGCUGCUACGCGUGAGUAUGCACCGUUGGUUGAGGAGUUGUGGAAUGAUGCAGCUAUUCAGGCCACAUACAAGAGGAGAAGUGAGUUGGAAAUGCUACCUAGCAUCGCCAGUUAUUUCCUAGAGAAGGCUGUUGAUGUUUUGAGAGUUGACUAUGAACCUUCAGAUUUAGAUAUCCUAUAUGCAGAGGGUGUUACUUCAUCAAAUGGGCUCUCUUGUGUGGACUUCUCAUUUCCCCAGCCAGAUUCUGAUGAAGAUAUUGAUCCUGCUGAUCGACAUGAUCAUUUGCUUAGGUACCAACUUAUAAGAGUACAUGCAAGAGGACUUGGAGAAAACUGCAAGUGGCUUGAGAUGUUUGAAGACAUUGGAAUGAUCAUCUUCUGUGUUGCUUUGAGUGAUUAUGAUCAGGUUUCUACUGAUGGGAAUGGGAUUUUCACUAACAGGAUCUUGCUAGCAAGGAGAUUCUUUGAAAGCAUUGUAACUCAUCCAACCUUUGAUCAGAUGGACUUCCUUCUGAUACUAAACAAAUUCGAUUUGUUCGAGGAAAAGAUAGAACGGAUACCAUUGACCGAAUGUGACUGGUUCAAUGAUUUCCAUCCAGUGAUGAGCCGUCAUCGCCCCAACACCAACAGCAUCAAUAGCAGUCCUUCACUGGGUCAGCUUGCUUGUCACUACAUAGGAGUGAAGUUCAAGAGGCUGUACUCAUCUCUAACAGGGAGAAAGCUGUUUGUUUCUGUUGUGAGGGGAUUGGAACCUAAGAGUGUGGAUGCAUCUCUUAAAUAUGGUAGGGAGAUUUUGAAAUGGUACGAAGAUAAAUCUGACUUUGGCUACAGUGAAUACUCAAUGUUUAGCACUGAGGGGAGCUCCUCUUCUCACUGAUGUUUUAGAUUGGGAAAAAGGCUUGUAAAUGGGUUCUAUUCGUGUGACGUUUUUCUCUGCCAGUGUAAAUAAUAUUGGCUUGUAAAUGAGCAAUAGAAGAUUCGCUAUUUUCAA